AUGUCCAUGCGUCGAACAGUCAGUGACCAGCCUCGAAACUGGUCUCAAGAGUCAAGUGAAUCGCAAGAAGAAAUGGUCGUGUAUGCUGGCAAUCGUACCCUGCAGCCUGCAAGACAACCCUCUGGUCCACCAAGUGAGACUCGAGCUCAGCAAGAUAAGGGUUUCGCUCGGUUUCUUGAAAAACAUUCAUCACCUACACAUCAACGUGUCACCGCUGGUGGCCGUAUUGUUCCAAUGGAGCAACGCCCACGACCUCCAGUAUUUUCCCUCCCAGCUGCCUCAACUGGUGCACCCGAUCUUGGCAAGGACUUUCCAAAGGAACUUCACAGUCCGCUGAUCCGUGCCUCAGCCCAGAAGGAGGGCAAUAGCCGUAUCAGUCCUGAACAAGGCAUGAAGGUGGCCAAGGAAGUUCUUCCUCAGGUCUCGGCCCAUUCAGAGGCGACAGACAACUAUGGUUUGGGAGCUGGUCUUGACACUGCUUUCACCUUUCCACCUGUCCCACUUGGGGCCAAUCCUGGUUCUGCACAGUCUGCUACUUUCCCAGUGGUGCACCCCAGUCCUUUGUUCUCGGGUGUUUCGUUUGAUCCAUACGGGGCUCACAGUCCUCAGAUCUUUCCAAUGAAUGCAACUUUGUUCGGCCAAGGCGUUGGUGCCUACAGUGGACCAUUGGGUGCUCAGUAUCAUCCAACGCUGUACCCUUACGGAGAUCUGUAUGGCGUGCCAGGCACAUCGCCCAUGUUAACUGGUGAAGCUUAUUCGACUUACUGCCAGCACAUGAUCCUCACAGUGAAAUCGGCCUUUGAAGAACUUGAAAAUCAACUCAGGUCAAUUGAUCGCUGUCGUGCAAUGAUCAAUCAUGACGCCAACCUUUCACAACAGCGCAUGGCGGUUGCCAAACAACGUUCAGAUAUGAAGGAUGAAAUCAAGUACUGGGAGAACAAACUCGCUUUCGCCCUAAACAACCCAACCCCUACUCCUUACCAGGCAAUUCACCACGGUACCACAUUGAACGUUCAAGCUGAAAGUUAUGUUCCUCUGAACUCAGCACCAGCUACUGCAGCUUUGCCCUUGUCUGGCGGAGUUGCGAUUGAUUCUACAGCAAAUAGCUUUGAAUCAAACACUGUUGCAUAUUCCACCACAACCAGAGCUCCACGCCGUGCCAUUCCCAUCGUGGCUCCACAAAAGCCAUCGCCACCAGCUGAAGAAACGAUCUUAGGUGCUGUUGGAAAUGUGCACUCAAGCCCUGCUAGUGAUGUCGCAGUUGAUGAGUGGGGCGUCCGCAUUGGUCGUCCUCCUCCGCACAUCGAGCAGCAACAGAAAGAGAUGCUAGCAGUCAUAGUAUGUGCAGGCAGCGAGUCACCAGAUGAAGCAGUCGAAUCAGUCAUCGCAGCUGUUUCCCAGACUAGUUCCAAGUCAUCAAGCUUCAACCACCAAGCAGUUGCAACUAUCCCUGACACCAUUAUCGAGGGGGAUUCAGAAAAUACAGAGUGGUUGCCAGUGAACCCAGGAGAUGCACCAGCAACAGUUGAAGCAUAUUACGAGCUCCAGCUCGACGCAAUGAGGCUCCCACAAGGAGUUGUCAGCCUGGUUAAACUCCCGGAUGGUACGAUCACCCAAGUUCCAGGUCGUGGGUUGCAGCGACCGCCUUCAUCCAACAUGGACGACUUUGAAAGACGCUACUGGACAUCCAAACCAACCAUGACCAAAGAAAUGGCCGAUCAAUUUAUCGAUGUGCGUCGCUCCUCUGACGGAAAGCCUCUGAGUCAACUUUCCUCCAGCUUGAUUAGCUUGAGCACCGAAGGGUUUAGUACCAUGACUAAUUCAUGCCGUGAACUUAGUGUUGUUAAACCGGAAAAUACGAGGGGUAGUAAGUCAAGCCAGGGCUCUCACUCAUCACCUCAGAAUGUCGCAAGUUUUGAACAGAAUGAGCGUCACAAGCUUGCUGACGUUCCACCAGUCACAUCCCACGGUGGCAUGUGCUCUCUGAACCAGCCCUUAGCCUCCGGCUCCAAUAUCUGGACUCAAGGUGACAAUAAGUCGAAUUGGCCUAGCCAGGACCGACUCAUGAAAGAUUGGGAAUGUGGUCAGGAUGCCAAUCUCAAUAAGGGCUACUCAUCAGUCUCUGUGCAGAAUGUCCAUGCGAUGGGUCAUCUUCCACAUAUGCUAGAUGGGACCACCGAUAGCCAAAAGUUCUCUGCUAAAUCGCUGCUGUCGGCCGCCGGGAAAGUUCGCAGUCCA